UACCCUCGCAUUCUUCUAAGAUGACGAAACUUGACAUCCCCGCUUUCUCUGGGCCACUCGAACCAGCAGCCAUCAAUGCCUGGCUUGGACGUUGUGAGGACUCUUACCUCGCAUGGUCUGCCUUGAAUUCAGGUCAAGUUAUGCCUCCGCAACUUCGCAUCGUGCUCGCUGGACUCAAGCUUGAAGAAUCCAACUCUAGUCUCUGGUGGAGUGAGAAUCGUGAUGUACUCAAGCAGCUUUCCACUUGGGAGGCCUUUGCCUUGUGCUUCAAAGACCGUUUCAUCCCCUCUGGCUGGCGUCUAGAUGCUCUCGCCCGGUUCUACAAUGUGUCGCAGGGCGCUGAUGACUUUCGCUCGUUCGUUGCUACCUUGCGAGUGGCUCGGAACACACUUGGCUCAGCAGGCCUUGGAUACACUAUCACUGACUCGAUCUUCAAGAACCACCUUUUGUUUUUUGCCCACCCCAUCCUUCAACUGCGUAUUCGUGCAAUGCCGAAUCUUGGGUACGAGAACUUGAAGGUGGACACGCUUAUCGAUGUCAUGGCAACUACUUGGUCUAGUCUCAUCGCGGAAGGCCUCACAAAGUCAAUUUCUCCUAGACUGGCGUUUAAAGCUUCCUCGGCAUCGCCGCCUGUGCCCACAUCGAAGCCUGCAUACCCACUUCCAGAUCUCAGUUACGCAGAGCGGGAAGCAUUGCGCUCUGUUGGAGGUUGCCUUCACUGUCGCUUAUCGCCAUCUGAUGCUGCCUGGAAACCACACAUCGCUCGUGAAUGUCCUGGUGACGUGAAACAAGGAAUCCCCCCACGUGUCCCUCGUCUGGCGACAACUGUAGCAGUGGUCGGUAUACCUGAAGGAUGCAAGGAAGUCUAUUUGACGCAUGACAAUCCCGGUGUCACAGAUUUCUCUGACCCCAAUGCUGCUCUUAUACCCAAAGAUGUCAUCAGGCCUUCCUGUGUUGACUCUGACAGUGAUGACUCAGACUAUUAAUGUUUGUUCCUUUAAUUGUUUGACAGUUUUUUUUUUCAUUUCUGAGCCGCCGAUGUUUAGCUUUUGUCCCAUGACCCUCCCGCCUUUCGUAUUGUUCACUCUUUCUCUGUUUGUGCAUUUCUGGGACUCCUUCGAACAUUGGUUUACUGAUUGAUAGGUUUUCCGAUUGAUAGCCUGGGAGGGUGUAAGCCUGGUGGCUUACGUACACCUACAAAUAUGGUUCUGAGUUCAUUGCAUCGCAGACACCUCUUUUCCCUUAGCUUGAGUACCUUACCGUCGUCAUCGUUCCGCAAUCCAGAACGUAAUUCUGUUUUGUUUCGUUUCGCGUGUCUCGUCAGUGUUUCUCGUCGUUG